AGUGAAGUUGUGAAAAAAACAGCAAAGUAAGAAAUAUUUAAAAGAGUGGAAUAUAAUAUCUAAGUGGAGAUUCAAACAAAUACUUCGUGAUAUUAUGUUUAAUAACAUCAAUUAAUUGAUAAAUACUAAAGUGUGUAGCUAACCAAGGAGUAAUAGUAAUUAACUAUUUUUUGUGAAGAAAUUUAUUGUUAAAAAGCUGAAUGUGCUAAGACAGAAAAAUAUAACAUGCUAAUCCUGAAAUUCCAUAAAAUGUUAACGCAUUUAUUAACAUUGCUGUUGCUGACAGCUCUGCUCUGUCGGCAACAGUGCGUCAACGCUUACCGCCAUAAGGCGGCCAACUACGAACUUUUGGACAAUGACUCCCGUUUUAUAUCAUAUCAAGAUUUAAUGUCGACUUCGAAACGUUUCAACGAUCCAAAUACGACUUAUUAUUCGCAAAUGUUAUUUGAUGUGGCGCGAAAUCAAGUUAUCGUCGGUGCACGCGACUCAAUUUAUCGCAUGUCCUUCGAUUUGGAGCCACUGGAACGUGCCGUUUGGGCAGCGCCGCCCGAACAGAUCGGCAUUUGUCAGGUAAAAGGCCAGUCGGAGCGUUUGUGUCGCAACUAUGUGCGCGUACUGCAGAGCUACGGUGAGAAUCAAUUGUACGCGUGUGGGACGAACGCCUUUCAGCCGCAAUGUUCAUGGCGCCAGAUGGAGAACCUUACCAUUGUGGCCUAUGAUAACGGUGUGGGAAAGUGUCCCUUCAAUCCGCAAUCAAGCAUCACGAGUCUAAUGUCCAGCACGGAUAAAAUGUUUGUGGCCACCGCAACAGAUUUCUCAGGUGGCGAUCCGGCGAUUUUGCGCACCGAAGUGCAGCCGAAGAAAAUCUUCGGCUAUCGACACAUUGUGCGCACACAACAGUACAACAACAAUUGGCUGAAUAAUCCACAUUUUGUGGGCAGUUUUGAGGCGGGAAAUUUCGUGUAUUUCCUCUUCCGCGAGCCGGCUGUGGAGUAUAGUAGCUGGGGCAAGAUUAUCUACUCGCGCAUUGCCAGAGUUUGCAAAAAUGAUGCAGGUGGCGAUCAAAUUUUGAAGAAUAGUUGGACCUCCUUUGUUAAGGCGCGUUUGAAUUGCUCGCUACCCGGUGAAUAUCCAUUUUACUUCGAUGAAAUACAGGGCAUGACGUAUUCGGCCGAUGAGGAUGUGCUAUAUGCGACCUUUGCGACACCAGCCAAUAGCAUACACGGUUCAGCAGUCUGUUCCUACAAUCUCACCUCUAUAAAUGCCGCAUUCGAUGGUCCGUUCCGUUAUCAGGACUCCGCCGAUUCCGAUUGGCGCAUCGUAGAUAUGCCACAUCGCAGCCAGUUCCAGUGCGAAACGCCAGCGCCGGACAUGCGCUACAAACGUCUGCUCGAGUCUUCGAAAUUCCAACUUAUGGCACACGCCGUGCAACCGAUGACAGAACAACCAUUGUAUUAUUCCAAAUGGGAACGCUUCCAGCACAUUUCUUUGGACACACUACAAACGAAAACCGAAAAGGUGCAUGUGCUGUUCGUGUCGACCGAUGACAAGCGUAUUAAGAAGCUUUCCGUGAAGCAUCAGCUCGAGGAGCGACGCGCGCAAACUUGUCUGAUUGAAGUCUGGCAGUCGGCGGAGUAUAAUGGUGCGGACGGUGAUAUUUUGAAAAUGGAGUACUUGAAAGUUACAGAGUCGCUCUAUCUUGGCACUGAGCAGGCGCUAAUACGCAUACCGGCGCAACGUUGCAGUCGUCAUGUGUCGCAGAGCAGCUGCUUAAACGCUAUGGAUCCGUAUUGUGGCUGGAAUGAGUUGAUUGAGCGUUGCACGCCACAAGAGCUGGUACAACAAUUGAAUAAAUUCUGGCUGCAACCGGACACUUUGCAAUGCCCCAUUUUGAAUGCGCCCAUCGAUGGUGCUUGGUCCACCUGGUCGGAGUGGUACAAUUGCAAGAAGCACGGCGAUGAUGAUGGUAACUGUAUGUGCCGCACGCGUGAAUGCAACAAUCCACAACCGCAAAAUGGCGGACGCAGCUGUGAUGGCAUCACCACGGAAGUAACAAACUGCACCGUGCAUGGUGAUUGGACCAACUGGUCGGAAUGGUCUGCAUGCUCACAAACUUGUGGUAUCGCGGUGAAAACACGUCGACGCACGUGCGGCAAUCCAAAGCCAGCGCACGGUGGACGCACUUGUGUGGGUGAUGAUCAUCAGGAAAUGUAUUGCCGCCAUUUGCCACCUUGUCCCACGCCCAAGCUACAAGCCAUCGACGGCGGCUGGGGUCCAUGGGGCGUGUGGAGCGAAUGCAGCACACAAUGCGGUGGCGGUUUUCGUAUACGACGCCGCGAAUGCAACGAUCCGGUGCCACAGAACGAUGGACAGGAGUGUCCUGGCUGUGCUAUCGACUACGAAGUCUGCAAUGUGCAUGCCUGCCCCGAAGUGAAGAAGUUGAGUUCAUGGACACCUUGGUUGGUGGAAUACAAUGACAGCCGCAAGAGCACCGAAACAAGUGGCACAUUUGUUGAGCGCCGCUUUAGAUACGCCUGUCGUGGCAGCAGCACAGAUGUGAAUAGUUUGCGCAUAACUCUGGCUAAGGAAGAGACGCGCACUUGUCAUGCGGAUGGUAGUUGUCAGCGUCAUCAUGAAGUUUAUGGCGCAACGGUAGCGUCAGCGGGCUCAUCUGCAGUAUUCGAGGAACGUGAAGAGCAUAGUGAGUGGGGUCCUUGCAGCGCUAGCUGUGGCGGCGGAAUGCAAUAUCGUUUGCACGAUGGCGCCGGCAGUGGCAAGCAUCGCGGACGUCAUGCCACACAGGCGCGCGUCUGUAAUAUACAAGCGUGUGAAGAGGCGGCGGUGGUGCCAGCGACGAACCUCAAUGAAGUGGUGCAGACACAUGAAUGGAGUUGCUGGACGGAUUGGUCGCCUUGUUCGGUUACAUGCGGCAUGGGUUUAAGGCGACGUACGCGUCGUUGCUUAGGCGGACACGACAAACUGUGCAGCGGCAAAGCGAUCGAGGAGGAAAAGUGCGCCAUGGCGCCUUGUACUGACUUUAUUGGCUGGAGCACGUGGAGCCCCUGGUCGGAAUGCUCAAGUGAGGGCAUACGCAUCAGACAUCGUAAGUGUAUGGUGGAUGUACCAACAGCGGCCGAGUGCCGUGGUGCCGAAUUCGAGAAGACCGCUUGCGUGCCGAGCGAAUAUGAAGCCUUGCGUCUUAGCUCCAGCACCUCCUGGCCAUGGAUCAUAUUACUCUGUUCCAUAAUCUACAUCAUCACCAUAAUUGCCACAUUCUAUCUGACAAAGCGUUUCAUAAAGCCCGUCGAUUUGGCGUUGAAUAAGAAUAACACGCCGGCAGCGCCCAGCUAUGAUUCCUAUGCCAAUCAGUAUUCCAGUCUACCCACAAAAGAUUCUCUCAAUUUGCAGAUCUACGAGGUGCGCCCGAAAGUGAAGCGACAGUCCAGUUUCAACAUGUGCUCACCAUCGCCAUCGAAGAGCUGCAACACUGGCACGCUGACGCGCAACAAUAUGGCGCACAAUCAUACGCCCAAAGUGCUGGCGAAGACCUACAAUGACUGCGAGACGGGCACUUUGAAGCGAAACUCGCAUCAGCUGAAUAACUAUCGCUCGAAUAUCGACGAUGAGAAGUUCUAGUGGUGACAAGCGGAACUUGCGUGGAGCGUGAAGAAGCAGCAGCUGCAAAUACAUGCCCGUGCUGUUGCCUAGUGGGCGCUGUGGGCUCUGGAGCUUGGUAAGCUUGUGUGCCUUUCAUAUGUAAUUAAGUAAACUCGUACCUUUGGUCGCUCAAAUGUGCUCUACGCUGCCUGGCAGCUAAUUAAGACGCGUCUUAAGCUACACAUGCAUUUGUAUGUGCUUUAAUUAUAUAACUAAAGUAGUUCUUGUGAACAUGAGACUCAUCGGGGAACAUUGCAUAGUAUCAUUUUGUGUGCCAUCAGAGCGCUAAGUCUGCCACAGAACAGUAAAGGAUAGCAAUUUAAAGCAAAAAAUAAAAAAAAAAAUAGUAAUUCAAGUAGCAUAUUCAACUCGAAUAUGUUGAUUAGAACAUUGAUCUACAGUAAAGUAAUAUAUUUUUUUACAAUUGUUGUUGUAAGUGCUUUGCUAACUUCAAUUUCGUGCAGUGAAGUGCAUUUAGCGGUUAAGCCAGUAUUGACUCAUAUUGAGUGCCUAUAUUUUUAUAAUUAGCAUAUAAUUAAUUAUGUGUAUGUGUAUGUAUUUAUCAAGUAGUUAAGCUGUCAGUUUUAAGUACGUUCAAUUUAAUUAUUACUUGCAACGCAACGAUAUUGUCUAGGAAACAAUUUUAGCUGCCAAUUUCGAUUUUUUUUAUUUUUUAUAUUUGGAAACUUCAGUACAAAAUAUCACAAAAUUUUCUGUUACUAUUUAUUUACGAAUGGCUAUGUCCAUUACAAGUUGUGUGUUAA